AUGGCGGACGAGUCAGCUAUCUUUUAUAUAAUAUGGGAUCUCUCAAGUGGUAAAUUGAAGGUUUCCCUGACUGGCCAUAUAAGCAGUGUCCGCGGAUUAGCAAUUUCUCAAAGAAAUCCCUACUUGUUCUCUUGUGGCGAGGACCGUCAAGUUAAGUGCUGGGAUCUCGAAUACAACAAGGUAAUAAGACAUUACCAUGGACAUUUAUCGGCGAUAUAUUCAAUGGCCCUGCAUCCCAUUAUAGACGUCCUGGUAACGGCAGGACGAGAUUCUACCGCAACGGUAUGGGAUAUGCGCACCAAAGUGAGUCACACGCUCGUUGGACACACAAACACUGUCGCGAGUGUAAUUUGCCAAUCGGCCGAACCGCAAAUUAUUACUGGCAGUCACGACUGUACCAUUCGCUUAUAGGACUUGGCUGCUGGGAAAUCCAGAGCCACUUUGAUGGAUCACAAGAAAAGUGUGAGGAGUAUAACUUCGCAUCCAUCACUGUACAUGUUUGCCUCGGCAUCCCCAGAUAAUAUUAAACAAUGGAAAUGUCCGGAGGGCAAACUCAUACAAAACUUGUCUGGCCACAAUGCAAUAGUAAAUUGCCUGGCUGUGAAUGCCCAUGGAGUUUUGGUUUCCGGAGCCGAUAAUGGUUUCAUGCACCUUUGGGACUGGAGAACUGGAUACAAUUUCCAACGGCUACAAGCACCAGUUCAGCCUGGUUCGAUGGACAGUGAAGCCGGUGUGUUCAGCGUUACGUUUGAUAUGUCGGGCACUCACAUGAUUACAACGGAAGCUGAUAAAACUAUAAAAGUAUAUAAAGAGGACAAUACUGCCACGGAAGAGACACAUCCCAUUAACUGGUGGCCCGACAUAAUAAAACGAAGGAAAUACUGAACUCCGAUUUGUGUUUUAAGAAACUAUUUUCUACAGUAUUUACUAUUUUGUAUAUAAGUAUUGUAAUAUAAAUUGUGAUGAAAGACA